CAGUUGAUUCCCAACAUGCGUGAGCUACAGUCAAUAAUGUCGGUGAUGGUGUUGGGGCUGAUGUUGAUCUUAGCUGUAGGCUAUGUGUCAUCCGCUCCUGUGGCUUCCAAUUCGCUAGACCACCAACUUCAACGUGAACGCCGCCAAAUCGAUUUAACUGUCUCCGCCGAACACGAUGAUAAGGAUGAUGAAACGGAAUUGGCCUUGGAGGCCAUAGCUGGACUCUGGAGUAGUGCUGACAGUCGCACCAAAAUUGAUGGAUCCGCUCGUGUUGUUCAUCGCACAAAUGCCAUGCAAACUGGUUCUAACCAAGAUUGGCGAUUGGGAGUGCGUGUCACAUUCGAUUAACACGGACCGCACGAGACAGACACACAGGGAGAGAGGGAAAUGAGGGGAUAUUUAUGUACAUAGGAAUACCAGACGGACGUGGAUGAAUAUGGGUGCUCACAAUCCUACUUUUGCGUGAUGAAGUCGACCAGUCGACCAACAACAAAUGAACUGCUUCGUCCCGUAGCUGAUAACAUUUUUGACCUUCUUCGACCAACUGAAAUGAAAAAAACAAAUAUUUGUAAACCGAAUGAAAAUAAACCAACUCUCCGAAUUAUC